AUGCGUGAUCUUGAUUAUACACGUGAAUUACGACAACUACGUUAUUCAACACCAUCAACAUAUUCAACACUUACACAUGAUGAUAAUUUAUUAAAUCGAGCACGUGAAGAUGUUCGACGUACUGUUGAAGCGCGUGCUGGUAGUAGUAGUGGUCUAGCAAAACAAAAUAAUCCACGUGAUUAUUUUGGUCGAACGUUUGUUCAAUUGGAAAAAGAUGAUGUUACAGAUGUUGGUGUCAAGUAUACCGGUCUCUCGAGAAGUGUUGAAGCUAAACCCGGCACUUGGAAAGCUGAAGAUGUUAUGGAUAUGGCUUAUGAUUUACAAGCAAUGAAUAAUGAUACAGUAGAUAAACUCUAUGAAAAUAAACUUAAAAUUGAUAAAAAUCGAAAAUGGCUUUUACAAGAUAAAGCUGGUGUUGCUCCUCGAUUGUAUCAUUUUGAUACAAAUUCUCGACAAGUUCGUCGUGAUGUCAAUAAUGCAUUACGUCUUGUUCGAAAUCUUAAAGAAAUGAAAACUGAAACAUUUAAUCGAUUAUCUCAGCCGUGGAUAUUUUCAAGCAACAUAUAA